AUGGCAAGGGGUUUAGUUGGUAUAGCUCAUGCCAAAAACAAGCUUCUCCGAUCGAUUUCACAUAAAAAUGGAAGCGUGUCAGCAGCAACCACAACUAAUUAUGUUCCAAAGGGUCAUUUUGCAGUUUAUGUUGGUGAAACAUGUAGGAGAUUUGCUGUUCCAAUAGCAUAUUUGAAUCAUCCUUUGUUUCAAGAUUUGUUACAUUGGGCCAAAGAAGAGUUUGGAUAUAGUCAUCCCAUGGGUGGUCUAACAAUUCCAUGCAGUGAAGAUUACUUCAUUAGUCUCACUUCUCUACUUAAGUCUUCAUAG